CCCAACGGUGACAGAUCGAAACCAUGUGCUUUUACGAUGGAGACAUCACCAUUUCCAUGGAUCACGUCUCAUCUUGGCUAUCUGUUGAAACUUGAGAUUGUCAGUGAGGAAAGUAACGUGUCCCUAGAGUGUCAGAUCUCGCGUUUUGUAGUCGCAAGAAAUGUGGGACAGCAAGAUCAAAGUGUUGGCCCAAUUGGCGAUGGAUCGGCCUCCGUCACGAGACCCGAAACACAUUUCGAAUUCAUUAGAACAAUAUCUUUAGCGAUAGAACAUUGUAGGUCAGCUCGUUUGAUUUCCUUGCAGAAGUGUACAGAUUCCUAUUCAGGGAUGUCCAGACCGUAUGUUUUGAUCCAAAAGAAAACUGACCGUACCGAUGUGCCCUUCAGGUGUCAGUGUGUUGGAGUCUUCGAGUUCGAUCACAGCUUAUCCACGCUUUAUCUUUACAAUAAGGGGGAAUUUCUUGUUGACCACACAGAUUUUCGGAGAAUUCAUCACAGAAAUAUUCAUAUAAUAGACGGCCCAUCCUUCAUAUGGGUUGACAACAGCAGAAAUUACUUGGGUCAUGUAUGUUUGGAAAGUGAAACUGAAAGCUUAGCACAUGUUGCAAGAACAGAUUUGAAUGAUAAUGAAGACAAAUGUCUUGCACAGUCUGAUUAUUACUUAUUAGGAUGGAGUACAGUUAAAAACUGUAUCUGCAAGCAAAUCCUUGUCUUAGGGAAGUUUUUUCUGAAAGUCACAAAUAAAACCGCAGAUGAAAGUCCUUUAACCAGUGGCAUUUCUGAGACACAUUUUUUGGCCAUAGUGUAUGAGUGGACUGGAAAAAUAUACAAGCAGUACAGACUGAGAAGAGAAGAUGUCCGGAGAAUUAUACCCCAUGAGUACAGUUCUGUUGUCAGGAACAUUGUUAUGGAUAAAGUUGAAAUCACAGCAGAUAAACAGCAUGGGUCAAGGGGUGAGGAGGUGGUGCUAAACUUCUGUCGAAGUCACAUCUUUGCCUGCACCAGUCAGAAGCAUCUCCUGGAGUUCGUGGACGGUCACUUGUUGAGGUGUGUGGACAUUGAGUCUGGGAGCAUCAGCAGGAUACAGAUCAUCCACAGUUAUCAGCUACAGCCUCACCUGUGUCUGUGGUCAUCAAGCGACCGUAGUGUUAUGGGGCUCAGGUGUGCUGACCUUCAGGUAGAGAUGAUGAAGAGAGACGUAUCAGAGGUGAUUGUGGAUGACUUUCUGGAGAAUGGCACAGAUCAGUUGAUGUUGUUACAUGCAACCAGUUCUACUUGGCCUCCUUCAGGAUGGAGCCUGACAGAUUUGGGGCCUAACUUUGUAGACUGCGUCAAACAAUGUGCGUCAAGUUCGUGUUCUAACCAGGAAGACAUGUCCUCAAUACAGGCAGCUUUAAAAGCCUUACAGAUGAGACUUCAGUCUGACAUCAACAGACUAGUGGAGUUAACGAGUGAGGCACACGACAGACAGCGAUUGGUCGAGCUUGGUUGUGAUGUGGUCAACCGUUUGACUCUCAACCAUGAUUCAGUCAUCCCAGACCAGCCUUCUUUGGUGCCUCUGCUAGGACACCCUGAAAACUUUGGUUCCUCUGGUUACAUGACUGUAUCAGAACCUCCCAUUGGAGGAACGUCGCUGGAGGUGAAGGACACGUGGCAGAGGCUAUGUGAUGGAUGUUGGGUCAUCGGGGUGGAAGUGUGUAACAUGUCAGACAAAGAAUUAGGCCAGUUAGCCCUCUCUGCCUGUUUACCAUCACAUGUUGGUCUUGAGAAGGAAAACCAGCUGUCCAAGUCUGUCUGGCCAGUGAAAACAAACCUCUAUGCCAGCCAAUCAGUGACCUUGUCUCGUGAUGAUGAUUGGAUCUACCAACCAGUGGCCUUCAAAUUUCCAAGAUUAGAACUGUCAGAAGAAAAUCAGGAUGGUGACAAACUCAAACCAGGGGAGACAACCACAGUGCUAUGUGUCCUGUCACAGCCUCUCUUUGGUGUGACUGUAACAGAUCACUUGUUACUGUUUCUAACGUUUUCAUGUGGAAAACUCGGGAAUCAAAACAGAGGGAAACAAACGUUUACAGUGUUUUGUGGAAAGGUCGAGUUCUCUAAAGAAGAUCUGUUUGAAAAUCGAAAGGCCAUAGAUCUGAGAUCUUCUUCCAAGAAAAGAGAACUAGAUGUGGAGGUGUACAGAUCCCGCCUGUCCCUGGAUGCGGUGCAGUCUGGUGUUAGACUGUCUGUCAUAUCCACUCCACCAGCACUGACCAGUGUGGCCACAGCACUGACCAGGGCUGGCUUGACUCACCAGCCUCUGUAUGACUGUUAUCUGUGUCCCCAGGGACUUGACCACUUGAGGUGGGUCAGACUUCAGCUGACAACAACAACAACAAGGCAGCCAUUGCUGAAGGUCAUGUUCAGAAACAAGUCUCAACUGUGGUCCGUCUUGCAUUACCUCUAUCAUGUCCUUCCUGAUGAUGUUGCCAUGAUACCAGAGGCUCAGAGCGAGGCUGUCAGUGUUAGGAGUCUUCACAGACUGCGGCAGAUGCUGAGACAGGAAGCAGAAUUUUCCACGUCUAAACUCUCCGAACUACUUGAUAACUGCAUCAGAGAUGAUGACAUAAUGGAGGUGCAAUCAGAUGACAUUGUUCAGGGCCACUCCACUGAUGCUGUGCAGGAUAUCCGCCAUGGCUUCUCAUGCAUGCAAAAAAAUGUUCAACGUCUACGGAAAGACGAUGUCAUUUCGCAAAAGCAUUUUCAAGAAUUUCUUUCUGAUCUCCGGAAACACAUUCAGUCCACAGACUCUGCGGUUCUUCAGUUGUAUGAGACAAUGUCUUGACUGUUUUGUUGUGCAACUCAGUGCUUCUAAAUGGUAGCUGAGUCUUAUCAGUUGUGUUAUGACCAGCAUUAUUCAAAACACGGCUGGGUCACCUAAAUGACUAAAACACCUUCUUGAUUGGGCAGCCUAAAUGAUUAAAACACCUUCUCGAUUGGAUCACCUCAAUGAUUAAGACACCUUCUCGAUUGGGCAGCCUAAAUGAUUAAAACACCUUCUCGAUUGGGCAGCCUAAAUGAUUAAAACACCUUCUUGAUUGGAUCACCUAAGUGAUUAAAACGCCUUCUCAAUUGGGCAGCCUAAAUGAUUAAAACACCUUGAUUGGAUCACCUAAAUGAUUAAAACACCUUCUCGAUUGGGCAGCCUGAAUGAUUAAAACACCUUCUCGAUUGGGCAGCGUAAAUGAUUAAAACACCUUCUCGAUUGGCUAAUUGAUUAAAUCCCCAGCCAUUGAAGUAGUUAAGGGGCACUGUCAUGAUCUGAGACAACCUUGUGAUAUUAUGAAUCAUGUUGUCAGCAUUGCUCAAGUAAUUCUCUCAUUUCAUCAGCCAUGUAUAGAUACAUAUACAUUGAUAAUUUCAUUGUGACAUUUUAAUGAAGAUGUUUGCAUACAUAUAUCCUGUAUGUAUGUUUGUUAUGCUUGUACUAGUAUAUAGUAAAACC